CAGUAGUUUAAGGCUUACUGCCAUCGUUACCCGCGGCACUAAUUUUGAGCUUGUUCCUUGCAGCUCGCGGCAAUGGCAACCUCAAUCCCUAACUGGGAACCCGCUCAGCCUCUGCCCUUAGCGUAAUCGUUACAAAGUCAGAGCUUAGAAAAUUCUUAGGAGGAUGGAGGCCGGAUUGCCAGACUUCCAGGCGCUCGGGACAGAAGACAUCCUCGGCAUCGCCCUUGACGGAGUGCAGGGCCCAACACAGGCGGAGAAGCCUUCACAAGAUGAAGCGCAACCAGAAGCUAGAUACAACAAUCAGGGACUUCCAGUCGCAGAGCUGCGGGCCAGCGGCCCGGCAACAUCCGCGCGUUUCAUGACAUCCCAGGAACUGGACUCGGAGCUCCGCGAGAUGCCUAUCAGCUUCAGCCCUCUUCCGGAGACUGAACUCCAGCCUGGCAGCGAGCUCCAAGCAGGCAGCGAGGCCGCCCUAAAUCGCUCACAGCCGCGGCCCCAGUCGCAAGGCAACGACUGGGCAGGCGGAGCCUCCCAAGCCUUCGACGCUGCUGACUUGGAUGCAGAGCUGCGGGAGCUUCCGCUGGAAACGCAGGAUCCACCGGAUCCAGAUUUCGACAUGACAGACCACCAACCCCAGCUCCCGCACUCGCAUCCAGGCACAGCGACAGACGGAAUCCUACCAGCAUCCGAAUACGAUGAAGCCGCCGUGGCGAUGCCGCCACCACCGGAGCCGAUAUCCGCCAGGGCCGAUACAGUCGACGGCAGUGCGCCAUCACAAUCCAUCGGCGGCCCCGGCAGCGUGUACUUGGACCCCCAGGCUCUCGAUGCUGCGCUUAGAGCACUGCCUGUCGGCAGCGCGGUUGAAGAUGACUUUCUCCCGCCUCCACCCCUUCCGGAAGCUGACGAGGAUGCCCCUGCAGCGGCUACAGCCUCCGCUACUGCUGCUGCUGCUGCUGCUUCAACAUACACAACAACAACGACAACAAGAGGACCUGGCGACGGCGCUUCUGGCCAGGGCCAGAGCGCUCCUGGAUGGGGGAAUACCGGUAUGUACGACGACGACGAUGUGUACGGCGGCGGUGGAGGGGGCUUCGAGGAUGAUCUGGAGGACUACCUAGCGGCGCAGCAGCAGGCGGCAGAGGCAGCGGCGCCGCCCGAGUACGACGAAAUGGUUGCAGCGGAGUACGACAUGCAGCCAGCAGCAGCUGCCGUACGACAGCAACCCGGCGGCGCUGGUGGCAGUAGCGGUGGGGGUGUCAUGCGGUCGACCCAGAUGGGAGGUUUGGGUUCUAGCAAUGCUGCUGCCGCUGCAGCAGCGGCAGGACGAGGAGCGGGCGCAGGCAUACCAGCAGCGGCGUUGAGAUCCCAGGAAACUGUACAACAACAGCAGCAGCAGCGGCAGCAGGCGAAGCGUCCUCACAGCAGUGCCCUGCCUACCAUGGAAGAGCUGUUUGGUCCAGAGGACGGGGAAGAGGAUGAGGAGCACGACAUGGGAGGAAGGGGACGCGGUAGGGCUGCCGCCAAGCAGGCAGUGAAGGGUGCAACCGCAGCCAGCCGGGGCGCAGCAGGUGUACGGCAGGAAGAGGAGGAGGAGGAGGAAGAGGAGGAGCUGAAGCAGCCUCAGGUGUUCCCACCGCAGCGAAUGGCGGCGAACGUGCAGGGAGGUGUUGCGAUUGCGGUGACGGCGGCUUCUGGAGAGCGGGUGUAUUGCAGGAUGGAGGAGGGCGGUGCUGCGGGGCCCAGCACCUCCGGCGCGCACCGCAGCAACAGCGCCGCUGUGUCACCCCAGGCGGCUGCAGGCGGGGGUCGACGUCGUGGCCGGCGAGCGCCGUGUUUGCUGGGUGUGCCCCUGUCGGAUAUGCUCCGGAUCCUGGAGGAGCGUCAGCUGCGGGA